GUUGUAUCCGCAACAUGCAGGAGAUGAGUUUCGUUUUCUCUCAUAUGAAACUAGUCACACCUUUCAGUGCAGGAGUGCUGUGUGGACAGAAAUAGUUAGUGGGGAGGUUAAGUAUUUAUCUUUUCAAUGUUUCAGAUUUUGGUUCGAUUUAGUUUUAGUUAUUUUAUGACAUAUUUUUCCUCUUGGAUUCUAAUAUGGUGUUGAAGCCAACUGGAAUUUUCACAGAAAAAUAUUUUGACAGUAUAUCGGGGGAUACUAUCUUGAAGGACUUUGGAGAAAACUGUGAUAAUCUGUAAUAACUAAGAUGCCAAAGAAGCCUACAAUGCUUGAAGAGAUCAGCCAUCUUUCCCAGCAUUAUGAAGAAAAAGUGCGCCCCUGCAUUGACUUGGUGGACUCCCUGAGGUCCCUGGGAGUAGAGCAGGACCUGGCCCUACCUGCCAUCGCUGUCAUCGGGGACCAGAGUUCAGGAAAGAGCUCUGUGCUUGAAGCACUCUCAGGAGUGGCACUGCCCAGAGGCACUGGCAUUGUUACACGCUGCCCAUUGGUACUGAAGUUGAAGAGAGUGAAAAAUGGCACUCCCUGGUAUGGGAUUCUUUCGUACCAGAGCCACAUCAAAGUGGAGCUCAAAAGCCCAGCAGAAGUGGGAGAUGCUGUUGCCAAAGCUCAGAAUGCUCUCGCUGGUCAAGGGAAAGGCAUCAGUCACGAGAUGAUUAACCUGGAGAUCCAUUCCACAAAUGUACCUGAUCUGACUCUCAUUGAUCUGCCAGGCAUUGCUAGAGUUGCCACAGGCAACCAGUCCCAGGAUAUUGAAGAACAGAUUAAGAAACUAAUAGAGACGUUCAUUAAAAAGCAAGAGACCAUAAAUUUGGUUGUGGUACCUGCAAAUGUUGACAUAGCCACCACAGACGCUCUGAAGAUGGCUAAAACAGUGGAUCCUGAUGGGCAGAGGACUCUGGGCAUCCUGACGAAACCUGACCUAGUGGACAAAGGAGCGGAGGACAAUGUUGUCAGUACUCUCAACAAUCUGGUCAUCCCGCUCAAGAAAGGCUACAUGGUGGUGAAGUGUAGAGGCCAGCUAGACAUCAAUGACAACUUGUCUCUGACCAAAGCUCUGGAGAAGGAGAGGAUGUUCUUUGAAGACCACACUCACUUCCGCAUUUUUCUGGAUGAAGGGAAAGCUUCUAUUCCCCACCUAUCUGAAAGGCUAACCAAAGAACUGGUAUCUCACAUUAACAGAUCCCUUCCCCAGUUGGAAAAACAGAUUAAAGAAAAGCUAGAGAAGACUUCUACAGAGCUGAGAAUGCUGGGAGAUGGAGUCCCUCAAGAUGAAACUGAAAGGGACAACUUCCUCAUUGAGAAAAUAAGCAGAUUCAACCAGGUUCUCACAGACAUUGUCAGUGCAGAGGAGGAUGUAGGAGACACGGACACACGAGUUUUUACUAAAAUUCGGAGAGAAUUCAGUAAUUGGAAGACAGAACUUGAAAACAAAGUCUUCCAGUUACAGGAGCAUUUACGUGAUGAGGUGGAGGAAUACACUAGAAUUCACAGAGGCAAAGAGCUACCUGGCUUUGUGAACUACAGGACAUUUCAAAGCAUUGUCAGAAAACAUGUGGAGGAUUUAGAAGAACCGGCAAUGAACCUCCUACAAACUACCACAGACAUCAUUAGCAUUGCUGUGAACAAAACCACCAGCAGCUUUUUUGAAGCUUAUCCCAAUCUGAUGAGGGCAGCUAAGGACCCACUGGAGGACUUAAGAGAGCUGGAGUAUGAGAGGGCUGAGGAGAGACUGAGGUCACAGUUUAAGAUGGAGAAAAUGGUCUACUCUCAAGAUGGCCUCUAUAGGCGCCAGUUAAAAGCUGCCAAGAGACCUGACAUUGUCAACGCAGACAUUUGUGAGAUGACACAUCAUUUAAAUGCUUAUUUCAGAAUCACCUCCGAUCGCCUAGCCAAUCAGGUGCCCCUGAUUUUGCUGUAUCACAUGAUGGAGCAGUACCUUGUCAAUUUGAAGACAGCCAUGUUAGGCAUGAUAAGACACAAGGAUGCAGGCAGCUUCAUACAAGAGAAGUCUGAUAUAGCCAAGAAGAGAGAGUAUCUUUUGAAGAGAAUGGAACGCCUGAGGAAGGCCCGCCAAGUUCUGGCCAAGUCUGUGCCCUCUGCUUAGAAAGCCGGCAAAGGAGCAUAUUUGUUUAGUGUUAGGAGUAGGAGGAGUAUUAGUUUUGCUGUUACACUCUGGAUUUAUUGCAAUUUCACUUUACAUUUUCUGUGUAGUGACAGGGGUCUGCUGUGAAAAGAAGCAUUGAUAAGUUACUGAUAAUUCAUAUACAGCAGAAAAAAGUCAAGGUAAAUAAUGUAAGUUCUAUAAAGAAAGUUUCUACGUGUUCAAAUGUGAUAGUUGAAAAUUUAUUUUUAAUUUUGAAAUGAUUGAAAGAUUUGUUGAGUACUCCUAGUAAAUUACAUAAUAUUUAGAAUAGUUUUAUUACAGUUACUUAAUUAGGCCUAAAUCAUGUUGAAAUAUAUUCUGAUAUGUAAUUUUUUAUGUUUCAUAUUAUGGAUAUGGGUAAAAUGAUAAUAAAGCAAUUUGCGUAAAUAUCCUAAAACCGCAGAUAACUUUCGGUAGUCAUUUUCAUGUGGGUAUUCUUAUUUUACUCUUAAUAUUCAGUUAACCUUUUUCUAUGUUACUUCUGCCCACAUAAUAUUCUAUACAUUAGAAUAUAAUUUUAAGAGAAUUUGUCUCGGAAGGAACACAUUCAUUGUACUAGUACAAGUUAAAUCAAUUAGUCAAAUCAAUCACC